AUGACAUACGAGGAUUGGAAGACCGCAAUUCUUCCAAAGGUUGACGGUACUUGGAAUCUACACAAUGCACUGGGCGACCUCGACUUCCUGGUGUUGUUUAGUUCGGUUAGCGGACUGAUGGGCCAGUUUGGUCAGGCUAACUAUGCCGCUGCCAACACUUUCUUGGACGCAUUUGUGCAGUAUCGACACUCCCUGGGCCUUGCAGCGUCCGUUAUCGAUCUGGGUGUCAUGGAAGACGUUGGCUUUGUCUCCGAGUCACCAAAUUUGAUCGAGUACUUCAAGUUUCUGUCCGCAAAUCUGCUAACGGAGGAAGACUUGGUGGAGACCGUCCGGCUCGCGAUCGCCCGGUCGCAACCCAGUCAAGCUGCUAACGCUCUCACCAACCCCAGCGAGAUCUCCGUGGGCGUCGCUUCCUACAUGCCCUUGGCGGAUCCUAACAACCGCAUUAUCUGGAAGAGAGAUCGUCGUUUCUCCGUGUACCGAAACCUCGAAACCACCUCGGAUGCCUCGUUGACCACCAAUGAGGGGCUGAAGUCCUUCCUUUCGCAGAUCACGUCAAGAGGAGUCAGUGGUCUCGGAGACGACACGGUUGAGUAUUUAGCCAAGGAAAUCGGAAAGACCCUGUACGGGUUCAUGAUGCAGAGUGCCGACGACAUGGAGUUGGAACAGCCUCUUGCCACAUUGGGGUUGGAUAGUUUGGUUGGGAUUGAGUUGAGAAACUGGUGCCGACAACAACUGGGGUUAGAAGUCAGUAUUCUGGAGAUCAUGCAGAGCACGCUCAAAGACAUGGGCCAGAGGGCGGUGGAUUCUUUGGUCGCGCGACACAGUUAG